CGUUUAUCGAAUAACAUCAUCAAUAUGAGCGGUGAUUUGGUUUGGGCUAUUAUCAAGAACAACAACUCCUUCCUCGUGAAGCGUCCCGGUGUUCAAUUCUCUGCUGAGAAGAACAACUUGUUGAACUUGAACACCUACAAGUACUCUGGUCUCGCCAACGCCAAGACUGCUGCUAUCCAACCCGCUGCUCGUGGUGUUCGCGUCACUUUGACCAAGGCCAAGAACGCUCAGACUCCCGCCAAGGCUACCCACUCUGUCGUCAUCGCCAAGACCCGUCGUCAGACCGCCAAGUCUGUUGCCAACUUGAUCGCCCGUAGCAAGUACAGACCCGAUCUCCGUGCUGCUGCCCUUGCCCGUGCUUCUGCCAUCAUCUCCAGCAAGCAGGCCAAGAAGGAGAAGACCCUCCGUCCCGCCAAGGGUCUCCGUGCCCAGAAGGCUGCUGCCAAGCAGGCUUAAGCACCUUGCUCAAGAUUUUAUCAGUGGUUGCAUCCAAUGUAAACUUUUUCAAAUAAAAAGCUGACGUACAAAUCUUGGAGUCAAUCGAUCGU